GUUAAUUAAAAAUAUAAGUUCCAAUUUGUAAGGGAUGUCAUAUAAUAAAGCCCCCACCGGUGAUAAUCUCGCAAGCGUAGCUCCAAUCGACAAGGCGCAGAUUGAAAAAGCUCUGUGUGUUGAAGAUAAGAUUGGAGAACCCAAUUUGACUAGUAGUCCUUCUGAGGCAGCACCGAUAUCAUUUGUAAAAGAUACAUCAAUCAACAAGAGAGAGAAGAAGCAACUUGAGAAGAAAAUGGAGCAGGAGAAGACGGAGACACACACCAAGCCAUCAACUCCGCUUAAAAAGACAACCAGAAGACGAAAGAGGAAAGUUAAGACUUCCUAUGACGAACUUGGAAUAAGCUAUGAAGAAGAGAAGAUGCUUAGCUUAGCCAUUAAGAACUCGUUGAGAGAGAAGAAUGCAUGCUCUAACCAAGACUAUUCUAAAGUUAAGGAGAUGAAAACAUUCUAUCCAAGUGAAGAGGAGUUUAAGGACCCAAUAAAGUACAUAGAAACCCUUUUCCAUGAGGGUGCCUGGAAGUUGGGUUGCAUCAAGAUCAUCCCUCCAGCUUCCUUCAAGCCUGGGUUUAGUUUUAAUCCACCUCAGGAUAAGAGAAUGCCUACUAGGUUCCAAACCUUGCAGGAUUUAUCCCAAGGAAGGUCUUUUGAUCAAAAUGAAGAUGGGAUAAGCUACAGUGACUUCAAAGUAAUGGCUGAGGAAUUCCAAACAAAGCACUAUGAGCCAUACCAAGGUCUCAGUCAUGAAGAGAGAACUAAGGAAAUGGAGAAACAGUAUUGGAAGUACGUGGAAGAUAACCAAGGUGAACGAAUCUGUGUCCAAUAUGCUGCUGAUCUCUCUGCUAAAGAAUUUGGAAGUGCCUUCCCUUCUGAUCCAAGUGAUCCGUAUAGUAGCCAUCCUUGGAACCUUACAAAUAUGGACAGACUUAAGAACUCCAUGCUACAGAUCUGUGGAGGUGAGAAGAUAUCUGGCAUAAAUCUCCCAUGGGUAUACGCAGGCAUGCUCUACUCCUCAUUUUGUUGGCAUUACGAAGAUGUUAUGAUGUAUUCCAUCAACUACAUGCAUACAGGGGAAGGGAAGAUGUGGUAUGCUAUUCCAUCCCAAGACAGAGCAAAGUUUGAGAGAAUAGCCAAAGAGAAACUUGCCAUUCUCUUUGAUGAAGACCCAAAUAUUCUCUUAAACAUCACAGCUAUGGUUUCACCAGCAUACUUAGCUUCUAACGGAGUCACUGUCUACAAGACAGAGCAGAGACCUGGACAAUUCAUUCUUACUUUUCCAGAGUCUUACCAUGCAGGAUGGUCCACUGGGUUCAAUGUUGCUGAAGCUGUGAAUAUUGUCAUGAAGAGUUGGCUAGAUUAUGGCUUAAAAUCAGUCAAUGUUUAUCUAAAAACAAGAGAAAAAGUCCCAGUCUUUUCUAUUGAUUGGAUAGUUGUAGAGAAUAUCAGAUCUAUUGCUUAUGGAGAUGAACAUGAUGGACCACAUGUGAAAUUUGAUGACGUUAUGACCUUACAAGUGAAAGGGAAGCCUCUUAGAUACAACGCUAAGCUGGAUCUUUGGAAUUUUUAUGUGGAUAACAUCCUUGCAAAGGAGCUAUGUGAAAGAGCCAUGAUUAGGAGUCACUUUAACGACAAGAAGUCUCUGUUCAAGACUACUAUUAAAAAGUUCCCCAAGGAGCAGGUAGAGAGCAAAGACAACAUUGAGUGCUUCUACUGCAUCCACUUGUGCUAUCUCUCUUAUGUGAAAUGCAUGAGAUGUAAGAAGAUUUACUGUAUUUCUCAUGAGCUCCAAUGUGGUUGCCCACAAGAAAGAAUCAAGAUCUUUGAGAGAUACUCUGAUGAACAACUAAUGAAGUUUAAAGAAGAUUCCAAGAGAAAUAUCCUGUUCUCCAUUGAGCCCGCAAAGGAUGAUGAGAAGGUUAUAAUCAUUGAUGAAUAAGUUGGUGAGUAGGGACAAAGGAGAAGAGCGAUCAAUUUGAAAAUAACAGUCAGUUUUACUCCUGCUGCAUCUUCUUUGUAAACUUUCUACUAAUCUCCUUAAUGCCCUUGCUUAAUAUACUUUU